UUUUUCAUUUGGUUAGGUGUUUGUUCAUAUAAACAUUCAUUCAAAUAGAGGCAUACAUGACAAACCAGUGAGAGCAAAAACCGCUAAAUCAAAAUACCUUCUUUCCAAUCAGUCUAUCAGAAAUCUACCAAUCUAGUGACUAACCGAACAAAACAUCCACACUAAAGAACAGCGUUGCUGAACACUCCAGUAAGCAUUUUACUCGUGGAACACAUGAAACAUGUUUAAUCUAAAUGAGGAAAGUGAUCAACUGCUUCUGAAAUCUCCUUUCCCUCUGUGGGCCAGUAACACGGCAAUAAAGUCCUGGCGCCAAGCACCUCAGUUGCUAAGUAACGCUAUUAAACAAGAGGAACCUUGACUGUCCCUACAUGGUGACGGGAGGCUAGUCAAAUGUUGAUAUACACAAACGGUGCACUCCUCAUCUUUUCUCUUGCCUUCACCACUACAUUUGAAAGGACCACCAGGUACUACAGCUUUUACAUUCUAAACAAAUUGUAAAUGUAUUUUUAACAUGUUUUCUUUCUUUCUUUCUUUUUGUACAGGGGUGAGAGCCUUUGAGAUGAACGGCCAGUUUUACAGGCGCUAAAGCUGCUCUCGUGUCUCAAAAACUGAAGACAAACUCAUCCAUCAAUCCAGAAUAAAGGGGAUAAAAUAUGGUGAGUACAUAACUUUUUCCAUGUUCAAAAUCUGGAUAAAAGAAUAUACUAUAUAUUAAGAUGAAGUAAGGACACAUAUAGCAAAUGGGUUUAAAGGAUGAGGGGCUACUUGAAGUGAAUCCAGUUUCUAACACCGAUAACUCCUGACCAAAUUAUUUUGUAAAACUACACUAAAUCAAUCAUUGCAUUUGGCCCAGUAUGUGUUAUCUAAUUGCAGGCAAUAAUUUCAUGCAAUAGUUUUCUAUAGGAGGUUAUAAUGGGAACAAGCACUAGUGGAUAACCUCUCUCAUCCUGAGGAUGAUGAAUGAGGCGAGAGAGGGCCUUGGGGUGUAACACAGACACAAACAGACACACACCUUGCUCUUUUAGACAGGGAGGGGAGAAGAGCGAAGCCCUCAUUACACUCCCAACACUCCCCAACUAUCAUUUAUCAAAGUCCUGAUUUGACUCCUUGUGCGCACACACGUACUGUAGUACAGUACAUCCAUGUCUGUCAACACACUUGCAUGUGAACGUCCCACACACAAAAACACACACACACACACACACACCUCUCUUGCCUGAAAAGAGCCAAACAACUCAAUCAGUUGAAUGCUGAGGGAGCAUCAGCACUCAUUUGUUUUUGCUGUAUUACCCAGUGUCGCCUCUCUCCUAUUGUUCCCCUGCAUUAGCCUUAAUUAGAGAGUCGUGCUCUUAAAUACCCCCAUGGGCAACACUGGGUGAGCAUGCACUAGUGCAGACACAACACUGCGACACACACGCACGCACACACAUGGAGACACACACGCUGCUCAGGCUCUCAUUCCUCAGAGAGCAUGCUUUCCCCACUGCCCCAGGCCAUACAUAAGACCUUGUAUCUGAAUAAAUCACAUCAGCCUUGCACACACAUACUUACACAUGAACAUAUACACAACACAUUUAUUUGCUAUAGCGCUGUGCGUGGUGUAGAUUAGAUAAAUUAUUGUAAAUCAGCCUCUUGGGGAAAGUGUCAAAAAGGAAGCUUUUAAACUGAACUAUUUGGUAAUUCUCUGUGCGUUGCAGUACCAUGCCCAAAAGAAGAGGAGCCAAAGGCACAAAGGUGACCCUAAAGAUUGCCAAAAAGGCAAUACGGAUGACCCCAGAUGGACUGUACAGACUCACCCUUCGCAACAUGGGUUUAACAGUCUUCCCAAAAUGCCUCCUCAAACUGGCCAACGUUGAUGAGUUAGACCUCAGCUGCAACCUCCUACAGAAACUCCCAGAUAACAUUGGGAACUUCUUGUCGCUCAGAUGGUUGGAUCUACACAGCAACAAGCUGGAGUCUGUGCCCGAAUCCAUCGGCAAUCUGGUGGGACUGACCCACCUCAACCUCUGCAACAACCGCCUAACCUCUGCAGGUGUACCCUCCACACUGGGCUCCCUCACCAACCUGAAGAGUCUCAAUCUAGGAAUGAACCAGUUGGACACUCUGCCUCCAACUUUGGCGGCCUUAGACGGCCUCCGAGAGUUAGGCCUCUUUGAUAACAACUUCAUCAAGAUGCCAGAGUUUGUGAAAGUCCUACACAACCUCACCAAGGUGAAUAUAAAGCAAAAUCCUCUAGCGUAUGCUCAGGGGGAUGAUGAGCGGAUGCUGAAGAAAAAAGCAGAGCCAAAGGAAGGAGUGUACCUGGUUCAUGAGAGCAACCUGUGUACCACAUGCCUUAAGAGAUGUAAAGCAGAGAGGGAGAGUCUUAUGACAGAAGGAAGGAGAGGAAGAGGACGUUGUAGUGGUGACAUUUUUGAGGAGAAAAGGAUAAGAAGUUAUUCUGGACUGAUGGCACCAAACUCAGUAGCCAAAGUCAGUCAGGAUGUGUGGAGAAUAAGACAAAAGGUGGAAUACAAGAAAAUCAAAUGACCAGGCAGCUGCUAAUGUCAUCAUAUGAAGUACCAACAAUUGGUACAAUUUGAUUUAUAUAUAUAUAUCAUACUUGAACUGAUGAAAUGAAACAAAGGAUUUCUCCACAUAUUUCUACAAGACUGUAACAAACUGAC